GACGUGCAGAACAGCUUGGCGAGGAUCGGGGCCCGCAAGGAUGAGGGUGCUUCAUGGUGUGGCAGCCUUCGCUUACAGAAUGAAGUUGGGGCUCUUGUUUUUGAUAUUGGCUCAUAUACAGUGAGAGCAGGCUAUGCGGGAGAGGACUGUCCAAAGGUUGAUUUUCCAACAGCCAUUGGUGUGGUGCUAGAAAGGGACAAUGGCAGCACUCUGAUGGAGAUAGAUGGUGACAAAGGCAAACAAGGGGGCCCGACUUACUACAUAGACACCAAUGCCCUGAGAGUUCCAAGGGAAAAUAUGGAGGCCAUUUCACCUUUGAAAAAUGGAAUGAUUGAAGACUGGGAUAGUUUCCAGGCAAUUUUGGAUCACACUUACAAGAUGCAUAUUAAAUCUGAAGCAAGUUUGCAUCCUGUCCUUAUGUCCGAAGCACCAUGGAAUACUAGAGCAAAGCGUGAAAAACUGACGGAAUUGAUGUUUGAACACUACAACAUCCCUGCUUUUUUCUUGUGUAAAACUGCUGUUCUAACAGCUUUUGCUAAUGGGAGAUCUACAGGUCUCAUUUUGGAUAGUGGAGCAACACACACCACUGCUAUUCCAGUGCAUGAUGGAUAUGUACUUCAGCAAGGUAUUGUAAAAUCACCACUUGCAGGAGACUUUAUUACUAUGCAGUGCCGGGAGUUGUUUCAGGAAAUGAAUAUAGAGAUAAUUCCUCCAUAUAUGAUUGCUUCAAAGGAGGCAGUUCGUGAGGGGUCGCCAGCAAAUUGGAAGAGAAAAGAGAAGUUACCCCAGGUCACUAGGUCUUGGCACAACUACAUGUGUAAUUGUGUCAUUCAGGACUUCCAAGCUUCUGUCCUCCAAGUAUCAGAUUCAACCUAUGAUGAACAGGUAGCAGCACAGAUGCCAACAGUUCAUUACGAGUUCCCCAACGGCUAUAACUGUGACUUUGGUGCUGAGCGCCUAAAAAUUCCUGAGGGAUUGUUUGACCCUUCUAACGUAAAGGGUUUAUCUGGUAACACGAUGUUGGGCGUGAGCCACGUUGUCACAACAAGCGUUGGAAUGUGUGAUAUAGACAUCAGGCCGGGCCUCUAUGGCAGUGUGAUUGUAGCAGGAGGAAACACUCUAAUACAGAGCUUCACAGACAGAUUGAACAGGGAGCUGUCUCAGAAAACUCCACCGAGUAUGCGCCUGAAGUUGAUAGCGAACAACACAACAGUGGAGCGGAGGUUCAGCUCAUGGAUUGGUGGUUCGAUUUUGGCUUCUUUGGGUACUUUUCAACAGAUGUGGAUUUCUAAACAAGAAUAUGAAGAAGGAGGGAAACAGUGUGUAGAAAGAAAAUGUCCUUAAACCUCUUACUGUGAAAACUGCUGCCUGCUCAGUGCUCCUUCUGUUUUAUAGCUUUAGCAUACUCAGGAAUGGAUGGACUCUUUUUUUGUAGAAAGUUUAUAUUGGAUUUUUUGCAUAAUUCAAGUUCCAUUUUUAACAAACCUUAGAAAUUCUGAGAGACCUAAUUGGUACUAUCAUAGAAAAAGGAUGUUUACAUCCCUUGGAAAGCAAUAAUUCAUGUAACGAGCAUUUUAUAAUUUUGUAUAAAUGUCUAUUUUUCUCUAGUAUCUUUUCCUGGGAACAGCUUUACAGGUUAGCUAAGAUAGAGGCAUAACCUUGCAAAUGCCUGUGCAAAUUUAUUAAAAAUCUCUUGUCUACUUUCACAUACUAGUCUUCCUUGCUGGUACUUUAGCCUUAAAUUGCUCUUAUUUCUCUCUCAAAAAAUAAAAUUUGGUCUUUUAUAUUUGAGCAACUUUGUGAGUACUUGCAGAGAAAGUUACUCUUCUGUUUUAAAAAUGGAAAGUUUUUGUAUUUAGUAAUCUACUAUAGGUGACUCAGUUCUGUGUAAGCUUUUAUUGUCUCAUGAAAGUGUUACAUUCCAUGUAGUGAAUGUUCUAUUAAGCACUGAUUUGCUAAUUUUCUAUUACAGAGUAAUUUCAUUUCAGUAAACGAUCAGUGCUUUCCACCUGAUUUCUAAGAAUGUAUAUAAUGCCUUUGUGAUGUAGGUGAGAAGCAAAACUCAUUCAAG